UUGAUACGUUCACCCCUGUCCACUUUGGAAAAUUGUUCUCACUUUUCUUCGAGCAACAUCCUAAUAAAGACAAAAGACAGUGCGGUUCGCACUAUUGUUGCUGUCGAUGGAGAUAGUGUAGGCGCAGACGAUCUGGAUGUUCAUGAUGAUGCUGAUGCUAAUUGUGAUGAAACAGGUGACAUCGAUGAUGAAGCUGAUGGCAAUGAUGAUGAUAAACAUGAUGUCGACGGUUGUUGUGACGAUCAUGAUGACGAUCGUGAGGUUAGUGAUAAAGAUAAUGAUGAUGAUUCGAGUGAAUAUCAUAGUGAUGAUGAAGACGAAGAAGAUGAUGACCAUGACCCGGAUGAUGAUGGUGAGGGUGAUAAUGAUGAACAUGAUGAUGAUCGUGAUGAUGAAGAAAAAAAUGAGGAUGAGGAUGACUGA